AUGCUAAUGGAUUUCCUUCUAAUUGGACUGUACUUAAAGUGGCCACUGAAGAAGCCCCCGGGGUUGAUACUGUGUUCAUUGGGCAUUUUUCUCAGAACAGUUCCCUUGGUAGAGGGGGUUUGUCCAAGGCUGUGCCGCUGCGACAGCAAGCUGCUGUACUGCGAGGGGCUCAACCUCACAGACAUUCCCCGCAAUCUGAGCAGUGCCAUGGGCCUGUCCAUGAGAGAGAACAACUUGACCGAGCUGCGUGAAGGCCAACUGGCUGGUCUGUCACAGCUCACCUGGCUCUACCUAGAUCACAACAACAUUGACAUUGUAGAGGAGGGUGCAUUUGACAGGCUAAGACGGGUCAAGGAGUUAGACCUGAGCAGCAACCGAAUUGAGAGUCUGCCAAAUGGUACCUUUAGGCCCCUCCCAAACCUGCGUAUUCUGGAUCUCUCAUACAACAGGCUGCAGGCACUUGAGCCCGACCUAUUCCACGGCCUUAGAAAGCUCACCAAUUUGCAUUUGCGCUACAAUUCUCUCAAAUUUGUGCCAGUGCGGAUUUUUCAAGAUUGCCGGAGCAUGCAGUUUCUGGACUUGGGAUACAACCAACUACAAAGCCUGGCACGAAACUCCUUUGCUGGCCUCUUCAAGUUGACUGAGUUGCAUCUUGAGCACAAUGAGCUGGUUAAAGUCAACCUAGCCCACUUCCCCCGUCUCAUCUCUUUACGCACUCUGUACAUGCACAACAAUCGUGCCACUAUUGUUGUCAAUACCCUGGACUGGACAUGGCAUUUUUUAGAGAAGAUUGACCUGUCAGCCAAUGAAAUCGAGUACAUUGAGCCACAUGUUUUUGAGAGUGCACCCAACCUCAAGGUGCUGAUGCUAGACUCCAAUCGGCUGACUUCUAUGGACCAACGUAUUCUGGAUUCAUGGUCAUCGCUGGACAGCAUUACCCUGGCAGGGAAUGACUGGGAGUGCAACCGCAACGUGUGUGCCUUGGCUUCUUGGCUGAGUGCCUUCCGAGGCCAGCGUGAUAAUUCCCUGCUGUGUUCAAGCCCAGACACAGCACAGGGUGAGGAUGUGUUGGAUGCAGUCUAUGCUUUUCAGCUAUGUGAGGAUCAUCCACUGGAGGUAACUACAGCAGGCCUGUAUGCCUCUACAAGGGAUCUGGCCCAAGGUGGCUCUGUGUUAGGCCCAUUUACUCCCAACCCUUAUGAAGGUGAGGGUAGUGAGGUGGUCACCAGUUCUUUCACUGUCACAGUGGGCCAUGAAGACCUGGAGAGCACCAUGCAGAUCCACAAGGUGGUGACUGGCACCAUGGCACUUAUCUUUUCCUUUCUAAUUGUUGUGCUCAUGCUGUAUGUGGCAUGGAAGUGCUUUCCUGCCGGAAUAAGACAACUGAGGCAGUGCUUUAGCAGUCAGCGCCGUAAGCAGAAGCAAAAGCAAAGCAUGCAGCAGAUGGCUGCAAUUUCUACACCAGAGUACUAUGUUGACUAUAAACCUAACCACAUUGAGGGAGCUCUGGUAAUCAUCAAUGAAUAUGGUUCUUGCACUUGCCAACAGCAACCUUCUCGGGAAUGUGAGGUGUGA